ACCGGGACCUGAGAAGGAGGAACGGCAGUUUUGGAGGGCCAGCAAACACUCGCCUAUCAUCAGUCAACGUAGAGCCAACUCCUCCUCUUCUGCUGUUACGCACAUGUAUGCAGCCUACUUGGCAAAAGACAAACAUUAACCAAACAGACUACUGUAAAGGAAAACUGCUUCUCCCAGACGACCAGCGGGAUUCUAUAAAGCAAAGACUGUGUGCUGCUAUGUUUUCUCAUUUUCUCUUAAAAGCAAAAGUAAUUUGAGCGACAUUAAUCCGCUGCAGUAAGCACCAACUUGGACUGUUGAACCUGGAGGAGAGGAGGAAGCUCCCUGUCAGCUUUUUUGGACAUAUCUUUUUUUGUUAUUUCUGACUGAUGCAUUAGAAGGCUGCUACCCGGUGUUGGCAGUGCCAGUUGCACAGAGUUACUUAUUGUUCUGCAGAAAAAGGGGAGACAUUUGCCAAUGCCUUGCAAACAGUCGAAAUCCUGAAAUAUUACUCCCGGCGAGGAGGAGGCAUCGGUGCUGAGACCCAUGCAGCGGAGGCUUCCAUAGUUGGUAUGUUUUUUCAUCGUAAAUGGAAAAGAAUAUCUAGAAAGAGAGAUUGGUAGUAAAAAAGAAAUAACACCAUACCUGAGAGAAAAUUGAUUCCAGUAAAAGAAGCGAAAUCUGUGCGGUUAUUUAUGAAUUAAUCAUAGCUUAUUAAUAAUGAGAGCUGCAGAGAUUCGGAUGAUGGUUUCCAUUGGCAGAUGAGACGUAGUGUGGAGAACACGUGUCCAAUUUUCCCUCAUAUUUUUUCCUCCCUGAUCUGGAUUUCUCACUUGUCACGGCAAGAAAGGAAACCCUUCAAAAAAGCGAGAAUUUCAAGUGGCAUUAUUGAGCUGGGUUUUGCCUCUGAUGGACAUCUUGGCUUGCAAACCCGAAGAGAACAGUUAUAAUAUCCUCCCCUCUGCGGCAACGAUGCUUUUCCAUGGCCUCCCUGGAGGCGACGUACACGGUGUGGUGGAAGAAAUGGACCGGAGAGGAAAGAGCGAGUCAGCAGCCAUCAGCUCGGCCAUCGAUAUGGGGGAAUCAGAGACGUCCAUGCCGUGUAUGAACAGCGAGCGCGUGGCUCUGUGCGCGGGCUGCGGCAGGAAGAUCGCGGACCGCUAUUACCUGCUGGCAGUGGACAAACAGUGGCACAUGCGCUGCCUCAAGUGCUGCGAGUGCAAACUCAACCUGGAGUCUGAGCUCACCUGCUUCAGCAAGGACGGCAGCAUCUACUGCAAGGAGGACUACUAUAGAAGAUUUUCGGUGCAGAGAUGCGCUCGGUGCCACCUGGGGAUCUCUGCCUCGGAGAUGGUGAUGAGGGCCAGAGACCUGGUCUACCACCUCAACUGCUUCACGUGCACCACCUGCAGCAAGAUGCUCACAACUGGGGACCACUUUGGCAUGAAGGACAGUCUAGUGUACUGUCGGCUGCACUUUGAGACUCUCAUCCAGGGAGAAUAUCAGACACAUUUUAACCACGCGGACGUUGUCCCACACAAAGGCCUGGGCCCGGCCAACACGCUCGGACUAUCCUACUUCAAUGGCGUGGGGACAGUGCAGAAAGGCCGGCCCAGGAAGAGGAAAAGCCCCGGGCCGGGCGCCGAGCUGGCCGCUUAUAAUGCAGCGCUGAGCUGUAACGAGAACGAUGGCGAGUCCAUGGAUCGGGACUCUCAGUACAGCUCCAGUCAGAAGACCAAGCGCAUGCGGACAUCCUUCAAGCACCACCAGCUGAGGACCAUGAAGUCCUACUUUGCCAUCAACCACAACCCAGACGCCAAGGACCUCAAGCAGCUUGCCCAGAAGACUGGCCUGACCAAGCGGGUCUUACAGGUCUGGUUUCAAAACGCUCGGGCCAAGUUCAGGAGGAACCUGCUGCGGCAGGAGAGCACUGGGGUGGACAAGGCAUCCGAUGGCUCCACACUGCAGGGUGGGACGCCAUCAGGCCCGGCCUCGGAAAUCUCCAAUGCCUCCAUGAGCCCCUCCAGUACCCCCACCACCCUGACAGACUUGACCAACCCCACCAUGCCCACUGUCACCUCCGUACUCACUUCGGUGCCGGGUGGCAUGGACGUCCACGAGUGCAGGAGUCCGUCACAGACCACACUGACCAGCCUGUUCUGAUGGACAGAGUCCUUCACCACAGCCUCAGCCCUACCCUGUCCCCUCUCACCUCUGCUCCACCUCACUGGAUCUAAAACUGAGCACUGUUGACUCCUUCAAACAUUAAACGGAUUAGGAAAGAAAAGGUAACAGAAACAUAAAAAAAAAAAAAAAAAAAGAUUUCAUUUUGCUCUGAGCCCAUUAGAGACUAUUUGCAUAGUGAGGCGGCCAAGCCUUACAGAUGGAACAGUUGUUGUUAUUUUGAUGUUGUUGUCUUGUUGAGAACUGAGGAGACUUGAUUUGCAUUUUUCAAUGUUUACAGAAAGAGACUGCGGGAAAAAGAAUCUGCUUAAUUUUUAAUUAAUUCAUUUUUUUCCAGCACAGUAUUUAUGUUGUUGUACAAGAGUCACUGUUAGAGGGAUUGUAAAAAAAAAAAAAUCUUUUUUUUGAAAUUCUGAGAUUAAACACAGGUUACAAUAUCCUA